CCUCUGAUCCCGGCUGCUCCAGCGCUCCCACGCCAAGCACCCCAUACCCAGUGCGAGCUCAGGGAGAUUGUUUGCUGUGUAGAAGAUGGCAAAAGAAAAACACCUGGAAGAGCAUGCUUGGAUCAGGCCAUGUAUGGGUAUCGAUCGGUGAACACUAAGGAAACUCACAGUAGUUGCCGUAUUGCCAAGGAGAGACUAUCUCUAUUCCAAGCUGGCACCUCAGACACAACUAUUUUUCAGGCACAAUUCAGGAUGGGCAAAAAAAUAAAGAAGGAAGUAGAGCCUUCUCCUAAGGAUGUGUUUGAUCCAUUAACGAUAGAAAGCAAAAAUGCAGCAACUGUGGUGCUGAUGCUUAACUCUCCAGAAGAAGAAAUUUUGGCUAAAGCAUGUGAAGCCAUUUAUAAAUUUGCUUUAAAAGGUGAAGAAAAUAAAGCAACCCUCCUUGAACUUGGAGCUGUGGAACCUUUAACUAAACUGCUGAUCCAUGAAGACAAAAUAGUAAAAAGAAAUGCUACUAUGAUAUUUGGAAUCUUGACUUCUAAUAAUGAUGUUAAAAAAUUGUUAAGGGAGUUAGAUGUCAUGGAUUCCGUUAUUGCCCAGCUCGCUCCAGAAGAAGAAGUGGUUACCCACGAGUUUGCUAGUCUUUGUCUAGCAAACAUGUCUGCAGAAUACACUGGGAAAGUGCAAAUAUGUGAACAUGGUGGAUUAGAGCCACUUAUCAGACUACUGAAUAGCCCAGACCCUGAUGUCCAGAAGAAUUCUAUUGAAAGCCUUUACAACUUGGUACAGGAUUUUCAGUGUCGAAUUGCACUUCAAGAACUAAAUGCAAUCCCUUCUAUGUUAGCUCUCUUGAAGUCGGACUAUCCAGUAAUUCAGUUAUUGGCUCUGAAAACCCUGGGUGUUAUUACAAAUGAUAAAGAAUCCCUAACAAUGUUAAGAGAUAAUCAAGGACUGGACCAACUUAUUAAGAUCCUAGAAAGUAAGGAAUUGAAUGACCUUCAUACAGAAGCCCUUUCAGUGAUAGCCAAUUGCCUUGAAGACGUGGAUACCAGGGUGCUGAUUCAGCAGACAGGGGGUCUUCAAAAGCUCCUAUCAUUUGCAGAAAGCUCUACAAAUCCUGAUAUUCAGAAGAAUGCAGCAAAAGCAAUUACUAAAGCAGCUUAUGAUUCUGAAAAUAGAAAAUUCUUUCAUGAACAAGAGGUUGAAAAGUGUCUUGUAACCCUUUUGGGUUCUGAAAGUGAUGGAACUAAAAUUGCUGCUUCCCAAGCUAUUUCAGUAAUGUGUGAGAGUUCGGGCAGCAAACGUCUUUUCAAUAAUCAUGGGAUUCCACAGCUGAUUCAGUUGCUAAAAAGUGACAAUGAAGAGGUGAGGGAAGCUGCAGCUCUAGCCUUGGCAAACCUCACCACUUGCAAUCCUGCUAGUGCAAAUGCUGCUGCUGAAGCUGAUGGCAUCGAUUCAUUAAUAAACAUCCUGUCCAGUAAACGAGAUGGAGCCAUUGCCAAUGCUGCCACAGUGUUAACGAACAUGGCCCUGCAGGAGCCCCUGCGCGGGGCCGUGCAGAGCCGAGGCAUCAUGCAGGCCAUCGUCAACCCUCUGCGCUCGGCCAACACCGUGGUGCAGAGCAGAGCGGCUCUCACUGUGGCUGCGACUGCCUGUGACGUCGAGGCCCGGACAGAGUUAAGAAAUGCUGGUGGGCUAGAGCCCGUGGUAGAGCUCCUGCGCUCAGACAACGCAGAAGUCAGAAGGCAUGCCAGCUGGGCCGUGGCGGUGUGCGCCAACGAUGAACUCACAGCCACUGAGUUAUGCAGGCUCGGAGCUUUAGAUAUCCUUGAAGAAAUUAAUCUAUCAGUAAGUCGAAAAAAUAAAUUCAGUGAGGUAGCUUACAACAAGCUGCUCAACAAUAACCUUUCGCUGAAAUACAGCCAGACUGGCUAUUUGUCAUCCAGUGACAUAAUUUGUGAUGGCUUCUAUGACUACGGCCGGAUAAAUUCUGGCACAAAACUUUUGCCUCUGAAGGAGCUCUGCUUACAAGAACUAAAUCAUCGGCGUGCUGUUCUCUUAAUUAACAGUAAAUCUUCCGAUAUUUCUCCACCUCCAUCUUUGGAAGAUAAAUCAGACAUUGGUUAUGGCCGAAGUAUUUCUUCUUCAUCUUCCUUAAGAAGGGCAAGCAAAGAAAAGACCAACACUGGAUUUGGAUCUCCCACAGAAGAGAAAUCAGAGCCAACUUCUGGGCGAAAUACUGUUCUUAGCAAAAGCGCCACUAAAGAAAAAGGACCGAGGAAAGGCAGAGGAAGAAGAGAAGAGGAAAAAGCAAAAGAGGAGGAAGAGGUUCUGGCAGUACCAAAAUUGACUGGAGAAGGGACCCUUGAUAAAGAAUGGUACCCUCCCUCUGACUCUGAUUUCUGUAUCUAUGUAUAUGAGGUGACCAAAUCAAUACUGCCCAUAACAAAUAUUAAGGAACAGAUCGAAGUUCUUGCCAAGUAUGUGGCAGAAAAAAUGGGUGGUAAGAUCGCAAAAGAGAAAAUGAUUUCUUUUGGUUGGGAACUCCACAUAAGUGAGCUAAAAUUCCAACUUAAAUCCAAUGUUGUGCCAAUUGGACAGAUCAAAAAAGGAAUCUUCUACCACCGGGCUUUGCUUUUCAAGGCUCUCGCUGAUCGAAUUGGCCUCAGCUGCUCUCUAGUUCGAGGGGAUUAUGGCCGAGCUUGGAAUGAAGUGAAGCUGGCGAAUGUGUCUCCUAAGGCAGCGACCGGGGGCUUCUCCCUGCCGGAAGUAUACAUUGUCGACCUCAUGUUCCAUCCGGGCGCACUGAUGAAGUUAGGAACUAAAGAGGCCGACCUCUACAGAUUUCUUUAA